CUUUGUAUCUGGGUGCGACAGCCAGCCAACUUCGAGUCGGAAACUUCAGCAGCCAUGGGUAUCGACUUGGACCGCCACCAUGUGCGCAGCACCCACCGCAAGGCGCCGAAAAGCGAGAACGUCUACUUGCAGGUUCUCGUGAAGCUCUACCGCUUCCUUGCCCGCCGCACGGAAUCGAACUUCAACAAGGUUGUGCUGCGCCGCCUUUUCAUGUCCCGUAUCAACCGUCCCCCUGUGUCGCUGUCCCGCAUCGCCUCGAACGUUACCGAAUCUCACCAGGGCAAGACCAUCGUUGUUAUCGGAACUGUUACCGAUGAUAACCGUCUCCUUACUGUUCCCAAGCUUUCCGUGGCCGCUCUGCGCUUUACCGCGACGGCCAGAGCCCGUAUCGAGAAGGCUGGUGGUGAGACUCUCACCCUGGACCAGCUAGCUUUGCGGGCGCCAACUGGAGCCAACACUCUUCUUCUCCGUGGUCCUAAGAACGCCAGAGAAGCGGUGAAGCACUUUGGCUUCGGACCCCACAAGCACAAGAAACCGUAUGUGCGAAGCAAGGGUCGAAAGUUCGAGCGUGCUCGUGGUCGCAGAAGGUCUCGCGGUUUCAAGGUCUAAAUGGAAUGAUUGAGAUUUGUGUGUGAAGCAGUUAUUCCGAGAUGAAUUGAGUAUGUCAGAAGAGGCCUUGAUUUAACGAACUCAACUGGCCGCCACUCCGAGCUGGCUUGAAUGUAAAGACAUUAAAUGAUAACUUCCGGUAGUGGCGUCGAUCGGGAUGAGGAAAAAUGGAUUCACUUGAAAAACUUCUAGAAUUUGCAUGUUUGUCUAUGAUAGCUCUAAGUUCUGAUGCUUAUACUUUCUGCCUCCUUCGCCGUCAAAAUAAUCACCAGCCCUGUGACCACUGCCUCGAAUCAAAUACUUAUAGAUAGUCAACCCAUCCAAACCAACUGGCCCUCUCGAGUGUAUCUUAUUGGUACUGAUUCCGACUUCAGUGCCAAACCCGUAUCUCAUCCCGUCAGCGAAUCUAGUGGACGCAUUCCAGAACACCCCAGCACUGUCAACGCCUUUCAUGAAAAUAUUAGCAAUAUUUUCUGAUUCCGUAAUGAUUAUAUCCGUAUGUUUCGAAGAAUGCGAAUUGAUAUGGGCUAUUGCCGCUUCGACGUCAGUGAGAGGCGAAUUGGAAGGUAUUGUUUUAACGGCUAGUGUAAGAUCAAGAAACUCAGUCCUGAAAUCAGACUCGCAGGCAUCCCGAAGCAUCCCCGCUUCCUUGAGAGUCAAGUUUUCAAUGAGCGCAGCCUUAGAGGAUUCGUCGCACCGGAGAGUGACACC